UGUUUCUGCUUUUCUUGUCGUUCUUGUUUUGUUUCAGGAAAUUGAAACGAAACGGUUGUGGGCCUGUGGCAGAGUUAAGUUUUAACGAGAUUCAGCGUCUCCCUUUUCGCUUCUCUGUGAUUGGGUAAUGGCUUACUUCGUCUACUUUCUCAAAUGCGUGGGCUUUAUGUUGUGAAUGGGGUUUUAGCAUAUCAUCUCCUUUUCCUAAACGAAGGUCACGCUUUCGUGUGUUUCCACUCCGUGAACCGACUAUUCCUGUGACUUUUAGUUGGAAAAUAUGUCAUCAAUCUAUCCAAUUCUUGGCAAUCAACCAAUUGAUCAGUGGAAGGUUAUGGAGCUGAAAGAGGAGCUUAAGAGAAGGAAAUUGACAACCAAGGGUUUGAAGGAUGAUUUGAUCGAACGUCUGGAUGACGCUAUUCGCACUGAUAUGGAAAAUGUUAAAAAGGUUGUGGAUAAUGAUAUUAAUUGUGGAUCACAACGUGCUGUUGUUGCAAAAGGUGCACAGACAAUAGCAGUUGCUGCAGAAACAGCUAACUAUGUUGCAACUCAUUGUGGUAACAAGAACAAUAAACCAGAUAAUGUUGCAGUUCAAGUUGACAUUAAUGACAGUGUGGAAACCUUCGAGCAAGAAAAAGUUGAGGAACACGGCUUACUUGGUGCUCCUGAUUCUGCUAGGGUGGAAGGGGAGCAACUUGUUCAUACAGCUGCCUUCGAAAGUAGCACUAAAGUUCCUGAGAUUGUGGUCUCUGUGGUAGCAUUUAGUGGGCAAGAUAUGGAGAACACUGAAACUCAAAAGGAGAACAGAAACUCAAAGCCCCAGCUGGAUAAUGAAAAGCCCCGGCUUGCCAAUGAGGACUUAAAGCCCCAGCUGGAGAAUGAGGACUGGAAGCCCUGGCUGGAGAAUGAAGAUUCAAAUCCCAAGCAUGAGAAUGAGGAUUCAAUGCCCCAGCUUGAGAAUGAGGAUUCAAAGCUCCAGCUUGAGAAUGAGGGUUUAAAGCUCCCAUCCUGGGAUGUCAUGCUCAACUCUUCUACUCCAGACAACCAGGUAUCUGAGGUCAGCCCUAUUUUAGGGUCUCAAGUAAAAUCCGAUUCUAUUUCUACUGAUUCUGUGUCAAUUAAUGAAAAGAUUGAACUAAGGGAUAAUGUAAUUACAGAUCAUGUCGAAUUAGAACUAGAUAUUGUUAAGCCUGAGAUGGUGGAACCAUCUUCCAGUAGUGUUGUCCCAGUUGGUGGUGAAUCACAUCCAAUGGAUGUUGGAGAUCCACAUGAGAACAAGUCAUCUAAUGGAGGGAAAGAUGACAACAAUGCUACAAAUGCAGAAAUAAGUAAGAAAAUUGAUAGUACAGAUGUAGGGUUUUCUGAAAAGUUGAAUUUAGACCGGAGUUCUGGUGAUGAUUCCAUGGAAGAGGAUAUUCUGGAGACUAAGCCAAUUGAUUGGAAGAAUAAUUCUGAAAAAGUUGAAAAGGAGAGCGACAAACGUGGAGAGAAUGAGAAUUGUCCAGCUGCAUCUGCUGAGAAAAGAAAACUUAAUGAUCAAGUAGCAAAUAAUGAGCCAAUUAAGAGGCAACGCAGGUGGAACUCUGAUGGCCUCAAAGUUCCAGAGCCUCAUAGCACUAAUUCUACACCCACCACUACACCCAAGGACACUUUCCGGUCUACUGAUUUGAAACGUAGUUUCUCUAGAUCAGACUCCACAAAUAGUGAUAAUACACCCAAGGAACGUGUUGUUCCACCAUCUCAAAAAGCUCCAACUAAUUCGCUUAGAAUUGAUCGAUUUCUGCGGCCCUUUACUUUGAAAGCAGUGCAAGAACUUCUGGACAAAACUGGAAGUGUUGCUAGUUUCUGGAUGGAUCACAUCAAGACGCACUGCUAUGUCACUUACUCAUCGGUAGAAGAAGCCAUAGAGACGAGGAAUGCCAUGUAUAACUUACAGUGGCCUCCAAAGGGUGGGCGCCUCUUAUUGGCCGAGUUUGUUGAUCCUCAGGAAGUGAAAAUGUGGGUGGAGGCUCCUCAAACUUUGGCUGCACCUGCCAGUGCUGGUCCUACUAUUCCUCCAGCCCCUCCAACCCCAAAGCCGCAGCCCUCUCAUCAGCACAAGCUACAGCUUCUACCCCCACCUCCUCUUCCACCACCGCCACCUUUGUCUAACCUACUGCAGUCAAGAGAGCAGGUUCAUCUUCCACCCCCACCUCCGCUUCCGGAGAAACUUGACCCUCCUGUUGUCACUUUAGAUGAUCUCUUUCGAAAAACCAAAGCGAUGCCUCGGAUCUACUAUUUACCAUUGUCAGAAGAACAAGUGGCAGAAAAACUUGCAUCGCAGGGCAAAAACACCAAGCAGUAGGGGAGGGAUCAUGUAUACUUACCCCAAGCUGCUCAAUGGGUUUUCUUAUGGGUCGGUAAGAGAGAAUUACGUCAUUGCAUCUUUGCAGGUCCGCCGGUGUAAGUUGUAGGAAGGAAUUGUCCCAGCCAAGCAGAAGGAUCCAGUUCGUAGAUGGGUUUGAGUUUUUGCGAGGAGUGCAUUGGUUUGGGGCUGAGUUCUUUCUUUCUAGUGUUAAAAUUCUUGAAACUUAGAGCUCUCUUUGAGCGGACUAUUUUAACUUGUAGAGCAUCUUGUAUACCUGUUGAACCAGAGCUUCGACUUGGUGAACUAGAAUUUCUAGAGUCAAAUUUCUGUUGGAUUAUGUCUCUC